AUGACAACAGACUCGGCAAGUCUAAAAUCUUCCGAGGGAACGUGCAGCUCAAUUGGUGAUGAACGAGAAAAAGCAAAAAUUGUACAAAAGUUGGUGGAGAUUAAAGACAAAUUGCGAGCGUUAAACGAAAAACGGGAAGCUGACGUCGAAAAAUUCCUCACAGUGACAAAGCAAGCAGAAAUAUCAAAAGGAGUUGGUACAGAUAACCCUCAGCGAGCACGUAUUCGGAAUAAUUUUGAACGGCAGAACAGAAAACAUGCACAGGAAACAGAGACGCUGCAGAAGAAACUCACUGACUACGAAGAACGUCUGAAGCUAGUCGACAUCGGAGAAUAUGAACCAAGUCCGUCAAGAUCGCGUGUCAUUCCAACUGGAAUCAGAAAAGCCAAGGGAAUGACCGAAUCUAUGAUGAAUGCUCAGAUGGAACUCGCCCAACGUGUCAAGUCGGCGUUCUCUGCAGACAACGUGAAUAGUACUCACAAUGGACAUGGAGUCGGAAAGACAGGACAAUCCACGUUCUUCACCGCUCGCAGAAGCGCCGAUGCAGAAGAUGCCGAACAUGCAGAGAAAAAGAAGCGUGACUCAGUGCGUGGCAGUUCUACUCUUCCACCAAAUCUUUCGUUCAGUGAUCCCUUGAAUGCGUACAAGGAAGAUGAUAUCUCGGAACCGAACUCGCGCCCAGGAAGUGCGGCGGAUGAGACAAACAACAUGCCGUACCACACCGCCGACAACAGUCUUUACUUCCCUCCAACUAACAACGUGUCUCACCACCAUCAAUCAUCAAGAAAUGAAGAAAGCUUUGCCCUCAUUAAUGAACAUUUGAACUCAAUUUUGCAUCAUGUGAUGUUGAUUGAUAGAAAAUAUGACAGACUUGAGGACGAUGUCAAAAAGGAGAUCAAAUUCUACUCGGAGGCUUUGGAAGAAGAGCGUUUCAAGACAACAAAACUCGAAGAGCUUCUCAACGAAGCUGUUGAACUGCAACAAGCUGAAAUUGCAUCACUGAAAGAGCAAAACUUGAUGGCAACACGUGUUGACUUCCAGCACAACGAUCGUUUCAGAACAGUCGAGGAGAAAAUGGAGUCUUUCGAGAAUCACAUGAUCAGAAUCGAGAAUGCGUUGAUGGAUGUAAGACAAGUGAAGUUGACUGGAAAUGUAUGGCAACGCGUGGCUCUUACCGCUGGAAACAUUGUUGUUGAGCUUCUCAAAAUCGCUCUUUUCGUUGUCGCAUCGAUUCUCGACUUAGUUCGCCCAUUGACUGGAUCCAGAAAUCGCUCCGCAGUGGCUUUUGGCCUUUUAUUUUUGGCUAUCUUCUUCGGACAUCAUCUCCAAAAAGUUAACUACUUCUUUGGUAAUUCAGCAGAUGCAAAUAAGACCGGACCCAAGUGA